CCACCGAAAGGUUUGAUGUAGAGCUGAAUGAGCGCAUUGUGUAAACGCGUAUUAACGAGGCCAUGCCUGAUACGUUCAUUAAGAAAUUCUUCGGUGGAUUGGGGAUUUUGCAUAACGACUUUCCUGCCUUUUUCUCACGAAUAUCUUAACCUUUUCUCCUGAUCACACUCGCAUGCUUAGGUCUGUGAUUUCUGGAUUUUAAUGACAUUUUCCGAAUUGUCUUAAUAUUAUAUAUAUACUUAAAAAAAUCGAUAUGGUUCCUUCUUCACCUUUGCCGGAGGGAUUCUCUGAACUCGAUGUUUUUGCACUGGGAUCAUGUCUGCUUGUGGAAGGUCUCCUUGGAUUUUUCAUGAAUGCUGUCACCGUUAUUGCCUUCCUUAAAAUACGAGAUUUGCGGACUCCCAGUAACUUCUUUGUAUUCAGCUUGGCUUUGGCAGAUAUGGGCAUUUCCAUAAACGCCACCAUUGCAGCCUUCUCAAGCUUCCUGAGAUACUGGCCCUAUGGAUCUGAAGGAUGCCAGACCCAUGGCUUUCAUGGAUUCAUAACUGCCCUCUCUAGCAUCCAUUUCAUUGCAGCCAUUGCUUGGGACAGAUACCACCAAUACUGCACCAGAUCAAAGUUGCAGUGGAGCUCGGCCAUCACCAUAGCCAUCUUCAUCUGGCUCUUUACUGCCUUCUGGGCAGCUAUGCCGUUGAUUGGUUGGGGAGAGUAUGACUAUGAACCCCUGAGGACCUGCUGCACUCUGGAUUUAAGCAAAGGAGAUAGGAACUAUGUCACCUAUCUGAUUCCAAUGGCCAUCUGUAACAUGGGAAUUCAAGUGAUUAUUGUGUUCUUCUCAUACCAAUCCAUUAACAAGAAAUUCAAGAAGACAGGCCAGCAAAGGUUCAACUGUAGCACUCCUAUAAAGACCCUGCUGUUCUGCUGGAGCCCUUACGGGAUCCUAGCCUUCUAUGCUGCUGUGGAAAAUGUGAAUGUUUUGUCUCCUAAACUGAGAAUGAUUGCUCCUCUCGUGGCUAAGACCUCUCCAACUUUCAAUGUCUUUGUUUACACACUUGGAAAUGAGAAUUAUAGAGGGGGAAUUUGGCAGCUGCUCACAGGACAAAAGAUUGAACCUCCUGCUACUGAGGCUAAGUUUAAAUAAACAAAGCAUGUCAUAAACAUUCAUCAUUUAUUCAGUCAUUCAUUGUACUUCAUUAACUGCUUUAACCUAAUCAGGGUCUCAGUGAAGUCAAAGCCUAUCCUGAGACCAUUUGCCAGUGUUGGGUAAUGUAACAGUAUUUACAUAUUAUAUAAUAAAUGAUCAUUUAUUUUCUACAUAAAACAAUAUUAUCAAACUCCAGAUUAUCAGUCUAGAAAGUUUAUGCAUGCUGUAGAAUUUUGAUUUCCCUUCACUAGAAUCAAGAGGCCCAGACCUGACCCAGCAUGAUGUGCCACUGAAAGAAUUUUCUUUCAUUAAUAGAUUUUGAUGGUAAAUAUAAUGAUAAUCUGUUUUAUGUCAUAUUACUUUAACUACUGAAGUGACUUACUAUUAUCCAGACAGAAAUGAAAGCCAAGAAACCCCCAAGCCUAUACAACAUUCAUCAUUUUGCACAUAUUGAUUCAAGCAGGGCUUUAUCCAAAAGGAAAAGGCACUGUUGAUCUUUUGGCCUGAAUCAACCACACUUGGCAAACAUAAGUAUUAGGAAAGAACUAAUUCUAAAAGCACAUCAGAUCAACAAUUUUUUACUGAUCCUUUUUUAAUGUGUUAGUGAUUUAUUUCUGUGGUAAAUUGUGACAAUUAACAUUGUAUUGUCAUGAUUUUCUGUGAAUUGUUAAUACUGUGAAUGUGAGCUGAUACUAUGCUCUAUUUUUAUCUGUAUUAUGAUCAUUUGUACUGUAGUUACUGAUAUGCCCUGUGAUGUGAUUUAAAGAAUGAUUAGACAGUAUAAAUUAAUGUUAGAUAUUUGUGUACUUAUACACAGUAAUUUCACAAAGAAGCAAGAUAUCAUACAUACAAAUCUGAGAGAGAGAGAGAGAGAGAGAGAUGACAAAGUGAAAGAGAAGUGACAAAGAGAGAGACUGAAAGCUGAAAAGAGUUUUAAAAAAUGUUCAUGAUAUUUUGCUGCCUGAGAAAUUAUAAAGCAUUACAUGUAGUCUGUUGUUAGUACUUGUUAUUGUCAUGUAUUAAUUCUUGAGAAGUAUUUUGUUAAUGCCUUAUCAGUAUCUUCUGUAUCAUUAUCAAUAGAUGUAUUUUUUAAUGUCUCUCAGAAUGUUAUUUAUGAAUCCGAUCACACCAACCACCAUGUUUUAGUAAUGUUAUAAGGAUAUACUAAGUGCAACUGUAGUGCACCUAGUGUUUGAACUACUGGUUAUCAUUUUAUUGUAGACAUGCUCUGGCAUGUAAUUGAAAUAUUAGUAAGAAUCUGAAUGUGUAAUCCUUUUGAAUUACCUGUCC